AUGGCAGUAGACAAGAGGCUACGCAUCCUUCCGUUCAGCGUCCGCACUGGCCUCGCCAUGAGCAUUGUCCCACAGCACCUCAUUGCCCACUCUUUUGGCAUUGAGAACAAUCCGGCCAAGGUUAGCUGGUUCUCGGCCGGGUACUCACUCACGGCGGGCACCUGCAUUCUGAUCGCGGGACGGCUCGGCGACGUCUUUGGCCACAAGCGCUUUUUUGUCGGCGGCUUCUUCUGGUUCUCCCUGUGGUCCCUUCUUGCCGGAGUGGCCGUCUACAGCACGCCCGAGUUCUUUGCCUUCUGCCGCGCCAUGCAGGGAAUUGGCCCGGCCCUGAUGCUGCCCAACGCCAUGGCCAUCAUUGGCCUCUGUUACAAUCCCGGUCUACGACAGAACUUGAUGUUCAGCCUGUUUGGUGCCACUGCUCCCAGCGGUUUCCUUCUCGGCGCUGUCUUUAGCAGUUUGCUUUCCGAGUUCGCCUGGUGGCCCUGGUCGUAUUGGAUCAUGUGCUUCGUCUGUCUGUUUCUGGCCUUGGCGAGCAUCUUUAUCACGCCCGGAGCGCCGCCACAGAGCAGCAGCGGCCCGGGACGAGAAAACGCUAGCAUCUGGCAACGGAUUGACAUCUUCGGCUCUAUUGCCGGCGUGACCUCGCUGGCCCUCUUCGAUUUUGCCUGGAACCAAGGUCCUGUGGUCGGCUGGUCGACACCUUACACGUACAUCAUCUUGAUCAUUAGCAUCCUUGCCUUUAUCGUCUUUGUCCUGAUCGAGAAGCGGGUGCGAUAUCCGCUGAUCCCCUUUGGCGUGUUGAAAAUCGAUGCGCUCUUCAAUCUGGCCUGCGUCAGUGCCGGCUGGUCCAGCUUUGGUAUCUUCGUUUACUACAUGUGGAAUUUCCUCGUGGUGCUCAGAGGCCAGUCCACUCUCUAUUCAUCAGCUCAGUUUGUGCCGAUUUCCAUCUGCGGAAUCCUUGCUGCCCUCACCACCGGUCUGGCUUUGGGCCACUUUCGCGCCUCGACUGUCAUGGUACUCGCCAUGCUUGCCUUCCUGGCCUCUGGUAUCAUCUUUGCCACUGUGCCGGUCCACCACACCUACUGGGCACAGACCUUUGUGGGCAUCGUCCUUUUCCCCUGGGGCAUGGACAUGUCUUUCCCUGCUGCCACCAUUGUCAUGAGUCGAGCGAUGCCACGGGAGCACCAGGGCCUGGCCGGGUCCCUCGUCAGCACCUUUGUCAACUACUCGAUAUCCAUCGGGCUCGGCGUUGCAGGUACGGUGGAGGCGCAGGUGGAUGACAAUGGAAAGAACACCCUGCAAGGCUACCGGGGAGCGUUUUAUCUUGGUGUCGGUCUAGCCGGCCUGGGUGUGGUUGUGGCUCUAGUCUUUUGCCUUGUGGAACGUAUCCGCGGAGAAGCGCCAGACGAGGCGUCUGAUGAGAGGCAAAAGGUCACGAGUUAA